AGAAAGGCGGCGGCGGCAGCAGCAGCAGCAGCAGCAGCAGCAGCAUCGACAACAACCAGCCCACCAACAAUUAAACCAAACCAAACCGAACCGAAGAAAACCAACCAACCCAACCCAACCCGUCAAAGAAGCAAAUCCUGCAGGGAAAAAGAAAACAAAAGAUCUACAAAAGAUCUACAAAAGAUCUACAGGGACAGAUCUCGAAGAGAACGAAAGAUGCCCCCGAUAAGAAAACACCACCACCAACAACAGGUGACAUUUAACAACCACCGCAUCUUCGAUCCCUGGAAUUCCUCCUCGACGGGCCAUCAAAGGGGUGAGACGUCGACUGGGACGGCGUGGAGGCGGACGAGGGAGGAGAAGCUUGCGGCGCAGUUUUCUUCUUCUUCCUCCACCUCUUCUUCUUCUGCGCCUUCUUAUGCGCCUUCUGCUGGGGGGGAAACGGGGGGUAAUGGUGGGGAAUGGGUGUGGAUGAAUGAUCAUCCUGCUUUGGGAAGUGGAAAUGGGAUGGAUAAGGAGAGUGGGCAGAGGGAUAUUAGGGAUAUGUUUUCUGUUGGGAAGGGGUCUUCUUCCAGGCCUUUAUUGAAUGGUGAUGGUAAGAAGGAGUCUUGCUUAUUACCUUCUAACGACACCACCACCACAACCACUACCAACUCUAUCAAGACACAAAACCAACCUCAAAUCCACAACACCCCUCAAACCCAAACCCACAAUACCCAACCCAACGAAAGCAGCGAACCCAGCAUCUCAAGAGAAACCGAAGAGAGAAAAAGAGGGAUAUUCUCAAACCUCACAAUCCACCUCAACGCCCCCUCCUCCCCCCUCAUCUCCGACCACGCCCUCCGCCAUCUCCUCGUCGCGCACGGAGCCUCCCUCGCCCUGUCUGUGUCGAGGCGCGUGACGCAUAUUAUCGUGGGCAGGCCGAAUACUUCUUCUUCUUCUCCUGCUGGUACGGGUAUAUCUGGCGCCGGAGGAGGCUUGUCUGCGACUAAGUUACAGAGAGAGAUUGCGAAGGCGGGGUGUAGGGGGUUUAGGGUUGUUGGUGUUGAGUGGGUCCUGGAAAGUAUUAAAGCGGGAAAGAGACUCUCUGAAGCGAGGUUCGCGAUGAAUGUUGCUGGGAGGGGGCAGAGGAGUGUGUUGGCUUUUGUUUGAUUUUGUUUUCUUUUUCUUCUAAUUUUUUCUUUUCUUCUUUGAUUUAUUUGUUGCAUUUGGGCGGUGGUGUUGGUAUAUGGUGUUGGUG